AUGAAAGCCAUCGUCCUCGGUGACGCACCUGGAAAGGUAUCUCUCGUGACGGACCGGCCAUCACCCAAGCUACGACCAGGCUAUCUCGGAGUCAACGUCAAAGCUGUGGCCCUCAACCCCACCGACUGGAAGCAUGUAGACAGGUUCAACGCUGACGGCUCCUUGUCUGGUUGCGUAUCGGGCUGUGACUAUGCCGGAGUGGUAGCUGAGACAGGGACUGGAUACUCAAAGCAGUGGAAAGUGGGCGAUCGUAUUUGCGGGUUUGUUCAUGGAGCCAACGAGCUUCAGAAGGAGGACGGAGGGUUUGCCGAGACCGUUGUCGCCAGAGCGGAUAUCCAGCUCCGAAUUCCCGAUGGCAUGUCCUUUGAAGAUGCCUCGACGUUGGGAGUGGGUGUCAUUACCUGUGCACAGGCAUUAUUCAUGCAAAUGGGCUUGACUCAACCUCCUACUGAUGGUACUGCUCCUGCGAAUGGAGAGCCCGUCCUCAUUUAUGGCGGUAGCUCUGCUACGGGAAGCAUCGCGCUUCAAUUUGCCAGAAUUGCCGGCUACACACCCAUUACACUGUGCUCACCGCACAACUUUGAAUUCGUCAAGUCUUUAGGAGCGGCCGCGGCUUUCAACUACAACGACGAGGACUGCGUAGAGCAGGUCAAUCGAUUCAUUGGACAUGAUCGAGGAAUCAAGUACGUCUUCGAUACCAUCUCGACGGCGGCGACAUCAGCGAUCUGUGCCCGUUUGAUUGCUCCCAAGGGACGGUGGGCCUACGUCCAAAUGGGGACUAACAUCCCCCGUGACGACGUAGACAAGAUGUAUCCACUCGCCUACCUGGCUGCCGGCGAACGAGUCAAGAAAGGAACCGCGUUUGAUCUCCCGGCGUCGAAGAAGGAUUUUGACUAUGUGUCGGAGUUUAUGCCGGUGGUGGAAUCUUGGUUGCGACAGGGUAUUUUGAAGCCUCAUCCGAGUCAGGUUGGAAACGGCCUUGAACAAGUAAUUGACGGCCUUGAUCUGAUGAGACAUGGGAAAGUGAGUGGGAAGAAAUUGGUCUACAAAUUGUGA